AUGGAGACGCUGAGGGAGUCCGUUCUGCACUUGGCAUUACAGAUGUCAUCCUACAAGCGGGCCACGCUGGAUGAAGAGGACCUGGUGGACUCACUCUCCGAGGGCGACGUGUACCCCAAUGGCUUGCAGGUGAACUUCCGAAGCCCCCGGAGUGGCCAGAGGUGCUGGGCAGCUCGGACCUCAGUGGAGAAGCGGCUGGUGGUGCUGGUGGUGCUUCUGGCAGCAGGGUUGGUGACCUGCCUGGCAGCCCUGGGCAUCCAGUACCGGGAAAGAACACCCCCAGUAUGUCUGAGUGAGGCCUGCGUCUCAGUGACCAGCUCCAUCCUAAACUCCAUGGACCCCACGGUAGACCCCUGCCAGGACUUCUUCAGCUAUGCUUGUGGGGGCUGGAUCAAGGCCAACCCGGUGCCCGAUGGGCAUUCACGCUGGGGGACCUUCAGCAACCUCUGGGAACACAAUCAAGCCAUCAUCAAGCAUCUGCUGGAAAAUUCCACAGCCAGCGUGAGUGAGGCAGAGAGGAAGGCCCAAGUAUACUACCGUGCGUGCAUGAACGAAACUAGGAUUGAGGAGCUUCGGGCCAAGCCCCUGAUGGAACUGAUUGAGAAGCUUGGAGGCUGGAAUAUCACAGGACCCUGGGCCAAGGACAACUUCCAGGACACGCUGCAGGUGGUCACAGCCCACUACCGCACCUCACCCUUCUUCUCUGUCUAUGUCAGUGCCGACUCCAAGAACUCCAACAGCAAUGUGAUCCAGGUGGACCAGUCCGGCCUUGGCUUGCCCUCUAGGGACUAUUACCUGAACAAGACGGAAAAUGAGAAGGUGCUGACUGGAUACCUGAACUACAUGGUCCAGUUGGGAAAGCUGCUGGGCGGUGGGGAUGAGGACUCCAUCCGGCCCCAGAUGCAACAGAUCCUGGACUUUGAGACAGCGCUGGCCAAUAUCACCAUCCCCCAGGAGAAGCGCCGGGAUGAGGAACUCAUCUACCACAAAGUGACGGCUGCCGAGCUGCAGACCUUGGCACCCGCCAUCAACUGGUUGCCCUUUCUCAACACCAUCUUUUACCCGGUGGAGAUCAAUGAGUCUGAGCCCAUCGUGGUCUACGACAAGGAAUACCUGGGACAAGUCUCCACUCUCAUCAACAACACCGAUAAAUGCCUGCUCAACAACUACAUGAUGUGGAACCUGGUUCGGAAAACGAGCUCCUUCCUGGAUCAGCGCUUUCAGGAUGCCGAUGAGAAAUUCAUGGAGGUCAUGUACGGAACCAAGAAGACCUGCCUCCCCCGCUGGAAGUUUUGCGUGAGUGACACGGAAAACAACCUGGGCUUUGCCCUGGGCCCCAUGUUUGUGAAAGCCACCUUUGCUGAGGACAGCAAAAACAUUGCCAGUGAGAUAAUCUCAGAGAUCAAGAAGGCAUUUGAGGAGAGCCUGAAUACCCUGAAGUGGAUGGACGAAGACACCAGGAGAUCGGCCAAAGAAAAGGCCGAUGCCAUCUACAACAUGAUAGGCUACCCCAACUUCAUCAUGGACCCUAAGGAGCUGGACAAAGUGUUCAAUGAUUACACCGCAGUUCCCGAUCUCUACUUUGAGAACGCCAUGCGCUUUUUCAACUUCUCCUGGAGGGUCACGGCCGACCAGCUCAGGAAAGCCCCCAACAGAGAUCAGUGGAGUAUGACGCCACCCAUGGUGAAUGCUUACUACUCGCCCACCAAGAACGAGAUUGUGUUUCCAGCUGGAAUCCUGCAGGCACCGUUCUACACCCGCUCUUCACCCAACGCCUUGAACUUUGGUGGCAUUGGUGUCGUGGUGGGCCAUGAGCUGACUCAUGCUUUCGACGAUCAAGGUCGGGAGUAUGACAAGGACGGGAACCUGCGACCCUGGUGGAAGAACUCAUCCGUGGAGGCAUUCAAGCAGCAGACUGAGUGCAUGGUUCAGCAAUACAGCAACUACAGCGUGAAUGGGGAGCCCGUGAAUGGUCGGCACACCCUUGGCGAGAACAUCGCUGACAACGGGGGACUUAAGGCAGCCUACAAGGCUUACCAGAACUGGGUGAAGAAGAACGGAGCCGAGCAGACACUACCCACCCUGGGUCUCACCAACAACCAGCUCUUCUUCCUGGGAUUUGCACAGGUCUGGUGCUCCGUCCGCACACCUGAGAGCUCCCAUGAAGGCCUCAUCACCGACCCGCACAGCCCCUCCCGCUUUCGGGUCAUCGGCUCUGUCUCUAAUUCCAAGGAGUUCUCAGAACACUUUCACUGCCCUCCUGGCUCCCCCAUGAACCCUCAGCACAAAUGCGAAGUCUGGUAAGGGCAGCAGCCCAGGGAGCACUUACAGAAGAAGGGAAGGGGUCUGCAGCCAGCUCCUUCCAGCCUCCAGGCCACCGCCAGCCCCUCAGCUGCCUCGGGCCCCUUCCCACCCUGGAGGGUAUGCAUCCAUCUUGUCUAAGCCUUUGAUGGAGGGUCAUAGCUUGAACCCAAGAUCUGACCCCCGUGAGGACCUGGCAUCCCAGACACCCAUGUGUGAUGCUGGGGGGCGUUUAUGUGUCCAGCUGCUGGGCCUCACACUGACAACGGCCAUGGGACACAGUCCCUCGUCCACUUUCAAUGCCAGUUAUACCACAAUACCACUGUGUCAAAUGCUUUAAAGAUAUAUUUUUGGGGAGACUAUUUUUUAAGCAUUAUGGAAUACACUGGAAAUCUUCAGGGAAAAAUGCAUUUAAAACACUUUUUUUUUUUUAAGGAAAGACUAGUAUAUUUAUUAUGUUCUCUUUUUCUAAGUAAUCUGUGGACAAAGGAAGCCCCACUGAUUCACCCCAGGGGACCCCAGGCUGCUGAGCAAGCCCCCAUGCUUGAGCACUACUUUAGCCCAUUGUUGGGGUGAUUGCUUCUGUAGUCACCCGUGCAGACAGGAGAUGCAGGCCAGGCAGAGGGAGGAGCCAGCUGAGAGGCCUACCUUCUGGGUGUGACCUUCUCAGCUCACCGGCCCUGUCUCUGGAAUCCAGCCAUAGGAACCCCAACAAGGAUGGGCUGAUACCCAAAGUUGAUAGCUGUGGCAGCACGACGAGGCCAGAGUAGGGGCCUCCUAUGGGGCCCCUGAGCAAUCUGGACUAGACCAUAGGAGCCCCUUGGGACUGAGACACCCCCCCCAUUAGAUGCACACUGUUCUCCGAAGAUGUCUUUCUUUCCAUCCCACCUCUUCUGGCCUUGGGGACCUGUGGCCUCUCUGUAGCAAUUCCAAUAUCCUGAAGUGGUCUGCUUUGCUGACCCUUGGCACCAUGAUAAAGGAAAAGGGAAAGUAGUCCAGUUCUUUCUCCAAGCUCUGUAGCCCAGAGUUGCCUGGCCUGGUUCCCAGGACCCAUUCUCUAGUGCCUUAACCGAGGCUGUGGCCCCUGAACUCCACCAAGGAGGCAGCCCCUGCCUGAAGCCCUUGGCUUUCUCCAUGGAAUCCCAAGUGUCCUGACUAAAAGCCAACACCAUAGCCCCUCUCCCAGGAGGGUUACCAUCCCAGCUUGCCUAUGGGGCAGCCAUUCCAGAUGGCCAGUGCUGGGAACUGUUGACCUCUCUCAGGCUUCCAGCCUCCCUUGGCACUGGAGUUGAAUUAAACCAGUUCUUUUAGGUGGCGGGUUUCCUCUCAUGGGGGUUGGGGGAGCGUCUGUGAGCCAGAGGAGGCUUCGGAUGAAAGGUUCCCAGCCCCAUCUGGCCUACAGGGAAGUCACCCGAUAGUAGAUGUAUGGGUUCCCGCUAGGUGGCGCUCACUGUGGUUCUCAUGAUGGCUGUAGGGAGGCAAGCCUCUGUGAGCUGUGAGUCCAGUGGUGACACCACUUGGCAGGCCAUGCUCCCACAUUGCACAGCACCCCCCUCCCCCAUACCGUAGUCCUUCUUGGCCAGGAAGCCCAGAAAUGCUGACUUGGCCCUGCUCGUUUUGGGUUAGCCUUAGCCCUGGGGCAGGGAGCUGCAAACUGGCCCCUGACAAUGUCCCUGAUCCCUGUAAGCAUGUUCAAGGUCUCGUAGCUCUUCUGGGAAAGAUUACACAGGAAGUAGGAAGGUGAGUGGAACCAUGCCCUGCCACAUGGAGGUGGGCCUUCUGGGCCCACAGCCUCUGCCCCUCCUGCUCCGUCCUCUUGCCUCCCUGUGGAGAGGCAGUCCUGGAAAGAGGCCAGCACGGGUAUGUAGAAGCAGGAUCCUGAGCUGGGGUU